CUGCCCCCAGAGAUCUGGUUACAUGUUUUUGACUAUGUCUCGUCUCUCCCGUCGAGCAGCGUCGCAUACGAACCAUUCACCUGCGUCUCCUUGCACGACUACGACGCCGCCUUGGAUACGCGCAAGAACCUGGUCUUGGUCUGCAAGCAGUGGAGAAAUCUCCUAGCCAGCGCCUUGUACGCUGACCUUCGGAUCCGCGGUCGUCACGACAUUGCCGACCAGCUCGUCAAAUCGCUGCGUGGCGACCAAACUCCUGAUGGUGUCUGCCCAGGACAGCGAGUCCGCCGAGCCGAGCUUCCGUACUCGCAUUCGACCACAGAACGCUACAGUCAUCCCACAGUCGAGGGCGCGAUCGAGAUUCUGCAGCAAUGUCCCUGCCUCGAGACACUCGUCCGACCCGGCAUUUACGAGCGCGGGGUCUGCUCAGCGGUCGAAGAGCUCCGAUACGAGUUCCCCGCGCCUAUCAUCCCCCUCCCUUCCCUGCGCCGGCUGGAGUGGUGGCACAACGACGAGGCGUGCAGGACCGGCGGCAUCAACUCCUUGACCGCGACCCUGCGCAGCGCGCCCAACCUCGAAGUACUCGCCAUCGGCGGACAGAUGCGGUACUACUGCCCGAACGCACGCGAAAGCGUGGAGCUUCCCAAGCUCACUACGAUGUACCUCCGUAACCGCACGAACGCCAUUUUCAUCCGCGAGGUUUGCAGCUGGUCGCUCCCCGCGUUCUCAAGCCUCGUCGUCGAAUCGUGCGCCAACGACCUGGGCCUGGAGCUCUUAUGGGACCAGUUAGGCUCCUCUCUGAAGACGGUCGAGCUGGGCAGCAACAUGUGUUUCUUCGUCGCGGACCGGAUUACGCGGAUGCUCGAAUGUUGUGAAAGCCUGGUCGAGCUUAACUAUUACGUCUUCUUCACCGAUCAUUUCGUAUUCGGGGGCUCUCACCCGAGCAUCACCUGCAUUCAGUUGCACGCGCAGAAGAACACCGUGCUCGACAUUCCCGAUGACAUGUACUGGAACCAUCUUGGGAAGCACGUCUCGCUAUUGACGCGAGCGCGGUUCCCGGAGCUCCGGAGCGUCGUACUGCACGGCAGGGAAUGG